UGUGCAUCAUCCAGUCUCUCAGGAAGGGGUACCCCAGAAUACGACGGCGGAGGCUACCCUGAGGGGCCCGGCUGAGAUUCCCAUGACUCUGGACGUGCUUAUAGACUGUAUACAGUUUGUUGGCAUACAAUGGAGAAUGAAGAGACACCUGAGCAGAGUGUUUCUGUAGAAGCUUUGUCACAGGCACCAGUGACCUUCAAGGAUGUGUCUGUGACCUUCACCCGGGAGGAGUGGGAAUUGCUGGGCCCGGCUCAGAGGACCCUGUACCAGCAGGUGAUGCUGGAGACCUGCAGGAUCCUGGUGUCUCUGGGGCAUCCGGUUCCCAGGCCAGAGCUGGUCCACCUGCUGGAGCAUGGGCAAGAGCUAUGGACAGUGAAAAGAGGCUCCCCACGGCACACCUGUCCAGGUGAUGGAGCAAAACUUCAGACCAGAGAGCCAAGCACCAUUCAGCCAGUUUUGUGUGAAGGAGCCCUGCUUCAGGGAAGCUGUACUCUGGAAUUGUCAAGGGACUCCAGAUUGGAGCAAGCCAGGGAACGGGAAGGGCUUUUGGAAGUGAGGCCAGAGACAGACCCCCACGAGGAGACCCAUCCCAGGAAAAGGAGCCUUGAAGAUAACAGUCUGGGGACAGGUGACAAUCUGCACUCUAGGAUGUUACAGGAGAGAGUCUCCCGGGGAGAUGUUCUCUAUGAACUCGACCCACACGGACCAGGGAAAGGCCCCAGGAUCCAGGGCGGGAGGAACCUCUACAAAUGCAAGCAGUGCGGGAAAGGUUUCAGUAGGAAAUGGUACCUUGCUCGCCACCAGCGGGUUCACACGGGGAUGAAGCCCUAUGAGUGCAACGCUUGCGGGAAAACCUUCAGUCAGAGCUCCACCCUCAUCCGACACUACCUCAUCCACACCGGGGAGAAGCCGUACACAUGCCCGGAGUGUGGGAAAGCCUUUAAGCGCAGGUCCUACCUGGUGCAGCACCACCCGAUCCAUACUGGGGAGAAGCCCUAUGAGUGUGCCCAGUGUGGGAAGGCCUUCAGCCACCGCUCCACCUUCAUUCGGCACAAAAGGACCCACAGCAGGGAAAGGCCCUUUGUGUGCAAGGACUGCGAGAAGGCGUUCAGCAACAGAGAGCACCUUACCCAGCAUUACACUGUGCACACUGGGGCCAAGCGGUUUGAAUGUGCCGUGUGCGGGAAGGCCUUCCGCUGCCGUUCAGAGCUCCUGCAGCACCGGCGCGUGCACACCGGGGAGCGGCCCUAUGUCUGCGCACAGUGCGGAAAGGCCUUCCACCGCAGCACAUACCUGCUGCAGCACUCCAUCAUCCACACGGGGGAGAAGCCUUAUAAAUGCGGCCUGUGUGGGAAGGCCUUCAAGCGCAGGUCCCACCUUCUGCAGCACGAGCGGGUCCACACCUGAGGUAAGCCCUGCCAGUGCAGGGGCUGGAGAAAGGCCUCACCCAGUGCUCCUUCCUGGCCCGUUAAGGGGCUCCACGUGGGAGAAAAAUCUCCCUCAGUGCAAAGAUGUUGGAGGGGGAUUUUUGUCAGCUCUGAAACGCACAAGAAGUUGCCUUGGCGAGAAGCCCUGUGAACGCAGUGACUGUACCUAGAGCUGAAGGUCAGCCUGCUCUCAUCACGGUGGGAGAGAAAGGAGAGAAGGUGGGUCACCAGUGGUUCUGCCUCUGUUAGCAUCAGAGAACUUAUUGGGGAGAGAGGCUGGGUAUAACUACGAAGGACAGUCUUAAGCCAAAAGGAAAAAUCUUACUUGCUAUCUGAGAAUUCAUAGCAAAGAGCCACAUAAUUGUCAUUGUGAGCAUACCUUCUGGGACAGGUCACUCUGAUACAGAGAAAUCUGAUCAGAUCACUGGGGAGGAGAAGGCAGAGGCCACAGGAGGAGGUUGGCUGAGGCAAUGGUAAACAGACUAGGGUGUGGUAGGCAGAGAAGCUGAGGGCCUCCUGUGAACAUGUAAUAAAAGGAGGGCAGAGACUGGCUCUCUUCCUCCAAGAUUCCUGGAUGAGAAGAUGCCCAGAUUAGUGUGCUGCAGCUGCCUGCAGAUGGUAUUUUGGACAGUAGAAGGAACUGGGCACAGCCUAGAGUCAGGCUGGCUUGGCAGAGGGUGGCAAGGUUAUUCUUUGGGUGUCCUAGAGGAGUGGGCUCCAAGGCAAAAGCCUACCAUUUUUCCAAAAUUGUGUAGUUAUUCUAUCUUUAGUUUGUAAACUAAUCCUAUCAAAAUAAGAUGAUUAAGAACAGGGGGGAUAAUAGGAGAACAUAGCAGUUAAAGAGUUUAGCCUUAAUUGAUAGGCUUAAGACACUAAUGCAUGUGGAAAGCUGCUAUUCCAAAAUUGUGUAGCUUUGGAAUAAAUACUCCUUUCCUUUAUCAUGAAACCUUUGUCUCUGGAAUUUUGCCUAGAAGGUGGCAGCAGGAAGUAGGAUCCCACUUGCUGUUCAGUAAUAGCAGUGGUGACUCUGGUGGGACCCUAUAUGCCGGUGGUGGUCAACCCCAAGACUGGGACUGUGGGGUUUCCCAGUCACUGGGAGUUUGCUGCUCCUCUGCAUGCCUGCUCAAGGUGCUGGCUGCCUAAAUGUAUCUGGCAGGUGGAAAGGAAACGGGUCUGGGAGGGGGCUGUGAAAUAAAGUCCAGGUGAAGACUGCUUUGGGGAAGCCAUUGUAUGGGGACCACGGUUUGUGAGAUUGGUUGGUAAAUAUUUGCUUGUGAGUACUCUUUGGAAUAAUGCAGUCAUGGAAACCAGUUUUGUUUAUACAUUCUCAGGUAGUUUGGAUAUUUUUAGUUACAACUUUUGGCCCGUACAUUUGGGCCAAUAAGGGCAGUUCUGUGCUGACUCCUACAGGGAGCCCACUGGGUAGGAUUUUGGCAGAUUGGAGCAUGUACUGUCAUUAUCCAAUGUCCAAGGAGGUAUUGAUUUUUAUUGUAAUACUGUGUGAGAAAAACAUUGAUCAAUUGUCUUUCACAUGCCCACAACUGGGGACCUAGCCUACAACCCAAGC